AUAAUUUCCAAAAUAAGCUCUAGCUAGUGCUGUCGUGAAUUCGUUUUUAAUUAAAUUUUUCUCUAAAUCAGUUAAAAAUUUCAGAAGUUUUCGGUUAAUAAGUGCAACAACAAUUUCAACUUCACAUGCUGCAUUCGAAAAGUGUUUAUUUAAUGUUGAUUUUCACGUGUUUUCAUAAAAUUUUUUGCACUCUUGGUUUUGUUCAGUGAAUUUUUUCUUUUGGUUUUUUUUUUUCGUAUUGACCAGAGGCAGGCUCGCUGCUGCCACUGCCAAAGUAUAUUUAUUCACGGGUUUGUGUGUGCGUCGCCGUGUGUGCUGUUGAAAAAUAUUGUAUUUUGUUUACAUUUUUUCCCUUCAUAUUGUUGACCUGAAAUAAUGAAAAAAUCGUUUAAAAAAAACCAAAACAGUCCAAAAAUAAGCGCGUGCAAAUAAAUAAAAGCAGGAAAAAGUGUUAAAUUGUUUGCUAAAUCCGAAAAAAUGUUUUGUUUAUGAUUUCAUAUGGUUUGGAAGUGAAAAUGUUUUGUGGUUGAUUGAUUUUGCAAAGAAGAAAGAAAAUUAAAAAUUUCCAAUUAAAAAAAAGUUGAAAUAAAUGAAUUUCCAAUUGGAUUUAUUUAUAAACAUAUGUGAUUGAUCUGAUUAAGGGCCAAGGUGUUUUGUGAAAAAGUUUCAACAACAAUUUAAUGUCGCUUGUUGUUGUCUAAAAUUCCGAUUGAUUGACUAAGUUUGAACAGUGGCAAAGUGGCAAAAAACAAAGUCAAAACUAAUAACAACUACAGCAGCAACAAAUGCUAUUACAACGAUAACAACAAGUAGUAAAAUUUCGUAUUAAUGCAGCAACAACAACAACAGCAGCAGCAACAGCUAACAAAUCAAACUGUAUCACAAUCAUCAUUGCAAUUUCAAUUGCAAACUCAGCCAACACAUCAUCAGCAACAUUUAGGCAAUAAUAUAAUUGUUGUGCGUGGUUCACGCAAUGAACAUGGUGAAAUUGUCAUACAAAAUAAACAGGACAUCUUUACAUUUCUCAGUGAACAUCAUCAACAGCAGCAGCAGCAACAACAACAAUUGCAACAACAGCAGCAACAAUUACAGCAACAAAAUGAAAAAGCCACCGUGGCUACAUUAACACAAUUGCCCUCAACCACAACUGUUGCACGUAAAACUAGUAUUUCCUUAAUUGCAAACAAUGUUGGCAUUGGCAAUAGUGGAACCACAUCCUCAUCAUUAUCAUCGUCGUCGUCGUCAUCAUCAUCAACAGCAGCAACAAAUACAGCCGUUACAAUCCCUAAGGAAACCAAUACAAUUCUAUUACAAACUCCCAUUAAUGCUAGUCAAUUGGAGACCGUUCUACUGCAGUCGGGACAAUUAAAAAAAUCUAAUUCCACUGUUACAUCUGGAACUGAAAGACCAUUCCUAUUUAAGAAUGCCUCACGCAGUUUAAGCACAGAUAGCAAUCGCUUUGGUACGGUCACGGCAGCAACUGGCGAUGAUAAAGGACCAUUUGUGUUGCAAACAUUAAAGCGUUUAGAAAAAUCCCAGUCUAUCCUAGUUAUACGCAAUUCAUCUUCAUCAGCAACAACAUCAGGUGCCAAUUCUACCUCAUCUUUAUCGAAUUCCUCAUCAUCUUUGGCCACAUCCCUAACGGUCGAACAUAAACUAAGCUUAUCUUCAUCAUCUUUGUCCUCCAUUCAACAGCAACAACAGCAGCAGCAACAACAGCAACGUCAGCAGCAUGUACUUGCAACGACAGCUGGUGUCAACACGACUAAAAGCGGCAGCACUAUAACAUUUACUCGCACCAAAAAGUCUCAAAAAUCAAAUGCAUCGAACAACAACAAUGUUGUUACAACUACCACAACCAAAUUGGGUGAUAUUUUAGCUUCAGCAACUGGCCAACGUCAUUUGUCUGCAACAACAACUAGCAACAAUAAUAACAAUAGUAAAUUAACAAAUGCCACAACUACAACGACAUAUUUGCGUUUGACAAAUGGCAACAGUAGCAACAACAACAACAAUGGUAAUAAUGUUGCCAAUAAUGUUCAUAAAAAUCAUAAUUCUUCACGUGUAAAUCUCAGUGGUAAUAAUUCGGAAACAAUAUCAACAUCCACAACAACAUCAGCUGCCUCAUCUUCAGCAGGAGCCAGCUCAACAGCAACAACAACUACAUCACAUCUAACUCUGGCUGAUAUCCAGUUGAAACAUGAAAGAAAUUCAACAUCAAAUGCAACAGCAGCAACAACAACAUCAGGCUUACUCAAAACCCAUGGGAGCGAUGGAGAUCCCAUCAAACUACCAGACAAUUUGGAAAGUUUGCCAAGAGCUGACAGUUUCCCGUCACAACGUCAUCGUUGGAAUACAAAUGAGGAAAUCGCUGCGAUUCUUAUCAGUUUUGAUAAACACAAUGAGUGGCAGUCCAAAGAAGUUAAAACAAGGCCAAAAAGUGGUUCUCUUUUAUUGUAUUCUCGGAAAAAAGUGCGCUAUCGACGUGAUGGUUACUGUUGGAAAAAACGAAAAGAUGGCAAAACUACCAGAGAAGAUCACAUGAAACUUAAAGUACAAGGCACUGAGUGCAUCUAUGGUUGUUAUGUACAUUCUGCCAUAUUGCCCACAUUUCAUCGCAGAUGUUACUGGUUGUUACAGAAUCCCGAUAUUGUUUUGGUUCAUUAUUUAAAUGUUCCAUAUCCGGAUGAUAAUAAAAUGGCUGUUAUUGCACCCAGCAUCAGUUUAUGGGGCGAUAAAAAAGAAUGGACUAAAGAGGAACUUGUUAGUCAGCUAAAGCCAAUGUUAUCCACUGUAACAUCAGAUGAUGAAUCAGAUUCUGGCAAUGACAUUGAAAUAUCGACUGCCGAAACUGUAGAAUCCAUAGUCUGCCAAUUAAUGGAAAAACAACGUCUCUCACGUCAAGCUGCUCUAGUCAAACAGUUAGAUUGUGGCUGUGGUGAUGCUUCCUGUGCUGAUGGUAAAACCUGUACACAUCCGGUUAUGCGACGGCCGAGUCUUAUAAAAGCCACAAAUGAAAAACGUUUACCAGCCACAAAUGCUGUGGAACCAUACAGUGCCAGUAAUACGCCAAAUGUUGUUGUUGGCCCCAAGCUCUAUUCACGAUGGGCGGAUAAACGGGCAAUACGUGAUUCCUCAAAUAGCAUGGAUACUAAUGGCUAUCAGCAUCAUCAUGGCCAUGGACAUCAUGGCCAAACACAACAGCUGACACAAGAGUCGGCAAUUAAAUUUCAAAUUAUACCGCCACACAACGAACAGCAACAGCAGCACUAUCGACAUCAUUAUAAUGCAAAUGGUAGUAAUACAUCAGCAGCAGCAAAUCAUCAACAAUUGAUAGCAUCGAGAAAUAAUUUAAUUAUGCAGCAUCAACAACAAAUGCAUACAAAUCAAUCAAAUUUCAAUCAAGUACACAACCAAACUAAUAAUAAUAAUGUCAACCACAACACUAAUAACAACAAUAACGGCAAUAAUAAUUUACAACGUUACACUACAAAUAAUAACAAUGCCAAUAUACAAUCACAGCAACAACAGCAGCAGCAACAACAUCGUUUUCAAAUAGCUAAAACAACAAUUACUGCAAUGGAUAAUAACACAAAUAAUCAACAGCAACACAACAAUAAUAAUUUAGCUUCCGUUUCCUCUGUCACAGCCAAUAAUGGUGGUGGUUUAGUAGUGGGUGGUAGUAGUGGUGAAAUUGCCGUUGAUAUGUUGAACACACAAAAUCAUUCUCAUCACACCAUGAAUCAGCAUUCAAAUCAAGCGAUGAGUACAACGAAUUCUAAUACAAAUAAUAAAAUUAACCACAACACAAAUAUCAACAACAAUACCACAAACCCAAAUUCACAUCAACAUGCAAAUCAAACAAUAACAACAACAUCGACAACCCCAGUGGCAGUAGCAACAAAUUCGACUUCGUCUACUUCUUUGAAUUCCAAUAUUGUUACAACGACAACUCAACCACAAUUGAUGUCAACACCUCAUCAUCAACAACAGCAACAACAAAAUGAAUUAAAUGUCAUAAAUAAUAAUAGCAUGAACAGUAGUAAUGGCAGCAAUAAUUGUAAUAAUAAUAACAAUACUACAACAGCAGCAGCAACAACAACAAAAUUUAAUAAUUACAAUCAACAACAAUUAAAUACUUCCAACAACAGCAAUAACAAUAAUUCUUUAAAUUCUCAUACUGCAAACCAACAACAAAAACUUGCUACACCACAAGAACAAUAUUAUAAAUUACAACAUCAUAAACAACAACAGCAGCAAUCAUCAUCCCUUACAACAUCUAAUACUGUUGUAGCUGCCUCAUCAACAGUUGAACCCAUGUGUAUGUCACCAGAACAUCAACUCUCCUCCUCAUCCUCUAGUCUCUCACCACAAUCUCAACUUAAUCAUCAACAAAUACAACAGCAACAAACACAUUUAAUAAUUUCACCUUCGGAUUCAGUAUCCGAAUCACAAUCUUCGAUUUCAUCAUCAUCUUUGUCUUCAUCAUCACAAACAUUUAUGGACGUAAAUCAAAAAUCGACUAAUACUACGGUAGUCAGUAAUAAUAGUAAUAACAACAACAAUAAUAAUAUUGAUAAUGCACAGAUGUCUUCUAAUAACAACGAUUUAAGCAUAAACACUUCCAACAUCAACAAUAAUGAUAGUAACAACAGAAACAAUCAAUUAGAUGAGUACAACAAUUGUAACAUAAAUAAUAAUGAUAAAAAUACCACUGGUUGUGCAACAUCAUCAUCAGAUGCUUCCAAUUGCAAUAAUAAUAAUAACAACAACAAUUCCAUCACAACUUCACAGCAACAACCCUUAAAUCCAAAUAAUCAGAGCAGUGAUAAUAUAAAUACAGAUAAUUUACAACAUAAUACACAUUCAACUUCAACUUCCUCAACAAUAUGUUUUGAUAAUUUAGAACAAAACCAUCACGGUGGCAGUCAAGUACACCAACAGCAACAACAGCAACAUGUAACUUCCGAAUUACACGAUACUUUGGGUUUCUUCAAUGAAACUUUAGAUCUAUCACACGAAGAUAUACAGAGAACCCUUAUUGCGAAUAUGCCAGGUGAGGGAACUCUUUUGACUUCACUUGAUUUUAUGAACUCGAGUGUCUCAACUGCUGUCAGUAGCGGUGCGAAUAUUGUACAAAAUGUACAAUGUGAACCAGAACCUGAAAUAUCCGCAGGAGCUGAGGCUGACGAUGAAGAUACCGAUGAUGUUUUUGCCAAUUUAGAUGCAUUUGAUAUGUUGGUUGAAUUUCCCGAAUUGGAUUUGGAUGAUAAGCAGGCUCUUACAAAUACAGCUUUAGAACAAGCUGUUUCGGGAGUGGUGACUAAUGAGGUUUUAAGUAUCAAUUCAUCAUGUCAAAAUUUACAUCAACUUUCUCAGUAUGAUAGUGGUUCUACGCCGGGUUCAAGUUGUGAUAAAAAAGUUAUGAAAAUAUGUGAUUUCAGUCCCGACUGGUCUUAUCCAGAGGGUGGUGUAAAAGUUUUAGUAGCUGGUCCCUGGUCUUCAGAUGCCCACUACACGGUAUUGUUUGAUUCACAUCCGGUGCCUACGGUACUGGUGCAAGAGGGCGUAUUGCGUUGCUAUUGUCCAUCGCAUGAAGUGGGUUAUGCCACUUUACAGGUAUCGUGUGAUGGUUUUGUUAUAUCCGAUUCUGUAAUGUUUGAAUAUAAAAUGAUUACUUGCCAAGAGGCACCCUUCGAUGCCAACACCAAUGAUUGUCUUUACAAGUUUUCUCUAUACAAUCGUCUUACAACCAUCGAAGAAACCAUGCAGACUAAAGGUGAAGUCGUAACAGUUACAGCCUCACAGCAAAUAUUUUCUUUACAAGGCAAUCUGGAAGAAAAACUAGUCAGUUAUUGUCAUCAGUUGACAAAAAUGUCUUGGCAGAAUAAUGGCGCAAAUAGUAGUAGUUGGAAUUCGGGCUACAAAGGCAUGACACUAUUACAUUUGGCUGCAGCAUUGGGUUACAAUAAAUUAGUUUGUGCUCUUUUAAAUUGGCGUAGCGAAAAUCCCCAUAUAAUUUUAGAAACUGAAAUAGAUGCUUUCAGUCAGGAUUCACACGGCUAUACGCCAUUGACAUGGGCCUGUUCUCGUGGUCAUUUGGAUACUGCGAUCCUUUUGUAUAAAUGGAAUCAAAAUGCUUUAAAGAUUAAAAAUCAUGCACAACAAACUCCUUUGGAUGUGGCCGAUAAUAAGGGACACAAAAAUAUUGUUGCCGAAAUUUAUCGUUUGGAACAUGAACGUCAACGCAAGCAGAAUAAAGGCUCAUUAACAAGUUUGUCCAUCAAUCUUAAUAAAUAUUCCCUUAAUAAUGAUGAUGCCGAUGAUCAUCCAUCAUUUGCCAUAUUUGAAUCUUCAGAUUCCCAACGCAGCCAUGAUGGUGUAUUUUUAAGGCCUGUUGCUGUGGCAAGCAAUCAAAGUCCCCCAAAUAGCAGUCGUUUUUCGAAACGUUCAUCUAUAGAUAGUGGUAUCAGCAUGGAUAUUCGAACUAAACCCAUGAAAUCAUUUAAAGAUAUAACACGAUUACAUAGUCUUGAUGCACAUGACAAUUUUAACAAUUCAAUUGAGUCGCCACUGGAUACAAUUGGUACGACAACAAAUUCCCUACUUUCUCCCUUAAGAAAAAUGGAUUUCGCUUUGUGCGAAGUAUCAACUGGUGAUUCAAGUCCUUUGCCAGACAAAAAUAACGAUGAUGAUACAUCGACGAUUGAUAAUGAUGAUUGUAAUGACGAUGUAACUAUACCAAAUAAAAAUAUUGAUGCUGUUGUAGGGGAUUCUGAUGCUAAAGUUUUAACAUUAGCUGAACAUAUCAUAGCUGCUAUGCCAGAACGUAUUAAGAAUGAGGCUGAUGAAAUGAUGGUUUUGGGUAGUCCCAUGACAGAACCUUUAAACACUGAAUCGACGGGUUUAAAUGAUAGUUUUAUGGAUCCCCUAUUGGAUUCAUUGCCCAAUGCUCAUUUCGAUAAUGAAUUUAACUUUGAUUUUAAUGAUCACAAUUAUCGUUACCAUGAGGUCAGCACACCUUGCUCAAGUUUAAGUCCUGCCAGUUCGGGACCUUUACAAUCGCCGGCCAGUUAUUCUAUACUGGGUCAUGAUCCUUCCGUUUCUUCGCCCAGUCCACCACCUUCAACAAAACAAUUGACAGAGUUUCUGCAUGCCUCUAGCAAUACUCAAUAUCCAUUUGAGGCAGAUUUUUCAAAGUUAACUUUAACCGACACCGAGCAACGUGAACUGUAUGAGGCUGCUAAAUGCAUACAAAAAGCCUAUCGUUCCUACAAGGGACGUCAGAAGCUGGAAGAGCAGAAUAAAGAACGCACAGCUGCUAUUGUUAUACAAAACUAUUAUAGACGUUACAAACAAUUCGCUUACUAUCGUCAAAUGACAAAUGCCGCACUAGUCAUACAACAUGGUUAUCGUUCGUAUUGUCGCAAUAAACGUUUUAAGAAAUCUCAAACUUCCAAUCAUUUGACUGCAUCCGGUAGUUUGGCUGGUCUACAUAACACCGACAGUCAGGAUAGUACGAAUUCUCAAUGCUUAUCUAGCUUUUUCGAUAAUUUCAAUAAACAGGAAACUGAAAGUUCUCCUCAAUCGUGUACAACACCAAAAGAAACUAGUCCUUCGGGACCUUUAAAACGUACUUAUUCACAAUCAACGCAAAAUCAAGCUGCCAGAAAAAUUCAACAGUUCAUGCGUCAAUCCCGUAUUAACAUUUGGGAUGGAAAUUUAACAACUUUGACUUCAGAGAGAACGAGCCGAAAAAGAGAAGCUGGUGCACCAACGCAGGGAGGAAUACCUUCAAAACUUGCAGUAUCAAGGACAACCGGAAAUUGUUUGCCCAAUCGAAAAGAGUGAUACAAUUCUUAAAGACUCUAACGAGCUUGUCAGCAAUGACAUUGUUACAAACAACAAUCAUGAUUUAAACUAAAACUAUUUUAUU